AUUCCUGUCUCUCCCUAUUUCCUAUCUUGCAUUUGUUCUUGAAUCUCUUCAGAGUAUUCCCACAGAGAGAGAUCUCUCAGCCUCAGCCUUCUCAGAGAGAAUUAGACACCAAAAACCAAAGAGAGAAAAAAUUAUUCAGAAUGUUCCAUGCCACCAAGAAACCUUCCUCUAUGACUUCUCAUGACAGGCCAAUGUGUGUCCAAGGCGAUUCCGGUCUUGUCCUCACCACCGACCCCAAACCCCGUCUCCGUUGGACCGUCGAGCUCCACGAGCGCUUCGUCGAUGCCGUCACUCAACUCGGAGGCCCUGAUAAAGCCACCCCCAAGACCAUCAUGAGGGUCAUGGGCGUCAAGGGUCUCACUCUCUACCAUCUCAAAAGUCACCUCCAGAAAUUCAGACUUGGAAAGCAACCCCAUAAGGAAUUCAAUGAUCAAUCAAUAAAAGAUGGUAUAAGAGCUUCAGCCUUGGAACUUCAGAGAAACAGUGGAUCUUCUUCCAGUUUAAUGGACCGUAGUAUGAACGAAAUGCAAAUGAUGGAGGUCCAGAGACGACUGCAUGAACAAAUUGAGGUACAAAGACACCUUCAAUUAAGAAUUGAGGCUCAAGGCAAAUACAUGCAAAGUAUAUUAGAGAAAGCUUGCCAAACCCUCGCCGGUGAAAACAUGGCCGCCGCCAGCGCCGCCGCUGGACCUUUCAAAACCACUUCCAACAAUAUGGGAACAACCACCAAUCUUGUCUCCGACGCCGCCAUCAAAGACUUCAUUUCACCUCCCCCACCUCACCACGCCUUCCCUCCUUUUCAAGACAUGAACAGCCUAUUUAACUCCGAACCGCCACCGCCUCCGCCGCCUCUCAUUGACUGCCUCAAGAAGCCCAGCCCCUUCAUCUCCGGCGCCGGUAAGACCCCCAUUUUCUGGCCGGACGAUCUCCGACUCCAAGACUUAGGAACCCCUUCAGCCACCUUAGCACCAGCGCCACCUUCCAUCGGCGGCCCACCCGACUUGGACCCCCUACAAUUGGAAAUGUAUGAAUCUAAACCACCACCGCCACCGUCACUACUUGCCGUUGGCAACAACACGAUGAAUGAGAAGAAGUUCGACGUGACGUUAAAGCUCGAGAGGCCGUCACCACCGCGGUCGGGGCAUUCCGACGAAAGGGUGAAUAAUAAUGGUAUGCCUAGUAAUAGCAACCCUACAAUGUCACAGCCACAGGGAAGAAAUUCUUCAUUUGGUUAAUUAAUUGAUGUGUUAUAUGUGUAAUAAUUAGUGACUUGAAUUUGAAUGUAAUUAACUAAAUAUAGAUUAGGGGUUAGAUCUUAACAUAAAUGCUUAUACUGACUAUUGUGUUUGGAAGGAACAAAGAAUAAUAAUAAAAAAAAAAGACAACUAAUAAGUGAAGAGUUUAGCUCUCU